UGACAGUGACGUUUUAAUUUCUGAACAAAGUUGAAAUAUUUUUAAUUUUAGGUUAUUUAAUGCUGAUGAUUAUUCUAGUUGUUAUCUGAAAAUGCCUCUACCACCGGCAAGUGGAACAGGACGAUACUUUGCCAAAGCGGCGAAAUCGAUCCGAUUACUUCGACAUGGUUGUACCAAUAGACCUUUUUUUCACAUCUCUGUAACUCAAAGAAGACGGCCGAAUAGCCUACCUGUUAUUGAACAGCUAGGCUCAUAUGAUCCAAUGCCUAAUAUGGAUAAUGAAAAGUUGGUGGCUCUGAACUUAGAAAGGAUUAAGUAUUGGCUCGGUCAUGGUGCUCAUGUUACACCUCCAGUGGCAGAAUUAUUAGGUUUAGCAGGUUUCUUCCCUAUUCACCCCCGAUCCUACAUGACUGCAUGGAGAAACCGAGCGACUGAGAGAGAGAAUCUAGCAAAGGAAGCUGAAAAGGCUGCAGAGGACAAAGAUGCAUAAAUUAAAUUACUCAUAAAUAGUUUUUAUUAGGAAAUAUAAUAUUACAUUAA